AUGAUCCAGUUGGCCUACGCCGUCAUCGGCACGUUGGCUGUCGUCCCAAUCUACUACGGAUCGUACGCUUCCCUCAAACGACCCUCCUCGGCUCCCAAGAAACAGCAAUCCGCCGAUGACAGUGAUUCCGAUGACGAGCCAGACACUGAAUCCCUGUCCUCCUCCGACGCGUACAUCUUCCCAAUCCUCGGGAGCGCGGUCCUCUGUACCUUGUACGCAGCUUUCAAGUUCCUCGGUCGGGAAUGGGUUAACUUCCUCUUCACCCUCUACUUCUCCCUCGUCGGCACCUUCGGCGUCACCAAAACUACCGCGUCGAUCUUAAACUCCUUCCUCCGUCCCCAACGCAUCGACAGGAUUCGCUUCAUCCUCACCCACCGCGCAAAAGUCUUUACCUCCCUCGGCUUCACACCCGCGCACCUCCCCGCGAUCAUCUUUGCGUGCGCGCUGACAGCGUAUUAUUCAUGGAGCAAGCACUGGAUCGCGGCAAACAUCUUUGCCCUCUCACUCGCCACGAACGCAAUCCAACUCCUCGCCCUCGACUCCUUUAAAACGGGAUCAAUUCUCCUCGCCGGCCUAUUCUUCUACGACAUCUUUUUCGUGUUCGGGACGGAUGUGAUGGUCACCGUAGCCAAGGGCCUCGACGUCCCCAUCAAAAUUCUCUUCCCGCGGGACAUCAUGGCUGCAAAGUAUCAAUUCACCAUUUUGGGGUUGGGAGAUAUCGUUAUCCCCGGUAUCUUCAUCGCGCUCGCACUCCGCUUCGAUCUCUACAACUACCACGCUCGAUUCCCACGGAUCCAAUACUACAAACACCGUGCCCGCCAGGGACAGUUUGCGAAACCGUAUUUCAGGGCGACGAUGACGGGGUACGUAUUGGGACUUGCGGCGACGGUGGGGGUCAUGCAUACGACUGGAAGGGCGCAGCCUGCGCUGUUGUAUUUGAGUCCGGCGUGUGUGUUGUCGGUUGUCUUGACUGCCCUGGUUCGUGGGGAACUGAAAGCUGCUUUCGCAUACUCUGAAGACACCUCUAACAAGUCCACGAAAGAUGACAAGAAGGAGGGAAAAGACGCGAACAUGGAGAGCGAUGUCAGCGCGGAAGAGUCGGUAACCGAACCCGCUACCCCGACCCCCGCAGUCGAGGAAUCGAGCAGUGAUGGAGACGUAGCGGAUGCGGAGGAGGGUGAUAGCACCGCGGCUGAGCAGAUCGAGUUGACGGAGGCGAUGGCUACGAAGGACAAGAAGCCCCAGAGGAAGAAGCCGAAGAAGAGGGGUGGGAGGGGACGUUGA